CAGCAGCAGCAGCAACAGAAGCCAAGCAAUGGACAUGCCCAUGGCAAUGGCAAUGGGAAUGGCUAUCAUCAGAAUGGAGGCGGUCGUCGAGAUUCGACGCAGGCUUUCACGCCGCUGCUCGCCCAGCACAACAGCACAAACGGUGGCGAGGGGGCGGGCGAGGCGCUGGUGGGCACGCCCACAACACUAUACGAGAGCACGCCGAGCAACAACAACGAAUGGAAGGCAUCGGAGGACAUCAACAAUCUGAAGAACGGGCUGCUCAGCAAUAACAAUGGCCACAAUGGCCACAACACUCACAACGGGCACAGUCUGCGCGAAAAGUAUGCGCACGAACAGGCGCCACUAACUGGUGGCUAUAAGUUGCCGCCACGUGGCAGUGAAUCUGAAGAAUCCGAUUUCGAUUCGGAUUUAAUUGGCGGCGGUGGUGGCGCCGGCGGCAUUGGCAUCGAUGAUGGUGGCUCCAAUUGUGGCCUGUUUGGUUGUCGGCCGCGUUGGGCGCGUCGCUUUGCAUCGACGCAUGUGUUCAUGGUGGUGUUCCUGCUGGCGUACAUCCUCCAGGGCAUGUACAUGACAUAUUUCGUGUCUGUGAUCACCACCAUCGAGAAACUGUUCCAGAUCAAAUCGAAAACUACGGGCUUUCUGCUCAGCGCCAGCGAAAUGGGUCAGAUUAGCACAGCGAUGCUGCUCACCUAUUUUGCGGGUCGAGGACAUCGUCCACGUUGGAUUGCCUGCGGCAUGGUCUUGUUCUCGAUUGCAGCAUUUGCCUGCGCCCUGCCGCACUUCAUCUUCGGGGAGCAGUUGAUGCAGUCGAGUGUGUUUCUGCAGCCAACGUCAGCGUCUGUGUCGUCGAUGUGGAGCAAUGCCACAAAUCCGAAUCUCUGCCAGCUGGGCGGCAAUGGCACACUGGCGGGCAGCGAAUGCAACGAGCAGCGUCAACUGGAGCAGGCAUCGCACACCAAGAUCACGGUCAUUGUGCUCUGCAUCUUCUUUGGCAGUCUGCUCAGCUCGGGCAUUGGCCAGACGGCGGUGGCCACCCUUGGCAUACCCUACAUCGAUGACAAUGUAGGCAGCAAACAGUCGCCCAUGUAUAUGGCGGUGACCAUUGGCAUGCGCAUUCUGGGACCUGCCUCCGGUUUCAUUGUGGGCAGCUUUUGCACCCGCUGGUAUGUGAACUUUACUAAUCCUGGCUUCGAUGCCAGCGAUCCUCGCUGGAUUGGCGCUUGGUGGCUUGGACCUGUGGCCAUUGGCAGCCUCAUGCUGCUCGCCUCCAUUGCCAUGUUCUCGUUCCCCAAGCAGCUGCGCGGCAAGCAGCAGACACAGGCAUCGGCAGCAGCAGCAGCUGCGGCAGUAGCCAAUCCACCGGCAGACAAGGAGGAGAAGCCCAAGCUAAAGGAUUUCCCAAAGACUGUGCGUCGCCAGCUGAGCAAUGAUAUACUCAUGUUCCGGACGGCAUCGUGCGUCUUUCAUCUGUUGCCGAUUGCCGGCUUGUAUACGUUCCUGCCCAAGUAUCUGGAGACACAAUUUCGGCUGGCCACGUACGAUGCGAACAUGAUAGCCGCCUUCUGCGGCAUCCUGGUCAUGGGCAUUGGCAUAGUAAUCUCAGGUCUAUUCAUAUUGAAGCGCAAGCCGACGGCCCGUGGAGUCGCCGCCUGGAUUGCAUUUACGGCGCUCGUCUAUUCCGCCGGCAUGAUUAUACUCAUGUUCAUUGGCUGCAGCACCAAUGAUUUUGCCGGCUACAAGGCAGGCGAUGCCAACAGUCCCGCCAUGAUAGAGCCAGCGUGCAGCACCGCACUCAACUGUACCUGUGAUAAGGAGAAUUUCGCGCCCAUCUGCGGCACCGAUGGCAAAAUGUACAUCUCGGCCUGCCAUGCCGGCUGCAGCAGCUCCAUGCUGCGUCCCAGCGACAAUCGCACACUCUACUCCGACUGUGCUUGCAUUCCAAAUGUUGCUGAAGCGGUCAAUGGUUACUGUGAUAAUAACUGCAAGAACUUUAUCUACUUUAUAUUGAUUUUUGCCAUUUGCGUAUUUAUGCAUUCCACCUCCGAGGUGGGCAGCAUGCUGCUCGUCAUGCGCUGCACACAUCCUAAAGAUAAGGCCAUGGCAAUGGGUGUUAUACAGUCGGCCAUUGGUCUAUUUGGUAAUGUUCCUUGUCCGAUCAUCUAUGGCGCUGUGGUGGACUCGGCCUGCCUCAUCUGGAAGUCAGUGUGUGGCAAGCAUGGCGCCUGUUCGCUCUACGAUGCGGACACCUUCAGGCAAUACUUUUUGGGCAUUACGGCUGGCAUAAUGUUUCUAGCGUUUCUCAUGGAUCUGGUCGUGUGGCGCAAGGCGCAUCGCAUUGACAUUGCCCCAGAUCAGCCGGAUGGGGCAGGGGCAACGGGUGCGCCUGCCACCCGUCUGGAUGUGUCCGAGUCCAAGCAGCCCAUAGCACCACCACCGGAUACAACGGUCUAAGCGCAAAGGGAAAAGAAAAAAAACUACUUCGAUGCAAAACAAAUACAGAAAAAAUACACACAUUGCAAGAUUUCCAAUAAAUGUUUACCUUAAUUGUUAAUUAGUUAUCAUUUUGUCUAGUUGUUUAGCCUAGUGCAAGAGUUAUGUAUUUAGUUAAGUGGCAAUUUUUGGACUCAACGCGUUGAGCCCGAUGAGAAGAAAACCUCAUUUAAAAUUAUAAUGCGCUCAUACAUAAAAUAUAUAUACAUAUA